AUGGAACAGCCGAGCAUUCUCGUCAAAAUCCUGCACUCUAUUCCGCAUGUGAAUUACACAUUCCGUCGGGUUAACGACACCUUCAAUCCGGACAGCGAUGUUUACCUCGAGAGUCUGGGCAUCCUGGCGUCCAUUCCCGCCGGUCUUCUGAUCGUUUCGCUGCUGGGCCUGCUCCUGUACCUGUUGACCAGGUGCUGCGAUCGUCGCCAAAGGAAGCCGAGCGCCCAGCGCUGCCAGAGCUGUUCGCUGGUCAUCAUCACGCUGAUGACUUGUGCUGCCAUCGGAUUAGGUUUGUACGGAAACGAUGACUUCCAUAAUGGCCUGCUUCAGGCCUUUGGAUCCGGGAAGAACGUUGAGGGUCUUGUGCUCACCUUAAAACGACAGACGGAGAGCAUUAAACACGACCUAGAGAUGCGGAUGGCCGGGCACAAGGUGGAGCAGCUGGUGGAGAAGCCACAAUACAACCAGACGGUGGUCAUGCUACUCAUCGAGACUUCUCGCCUGGUCACGGAGAACACCUCGCGGGCGGUGGCUUCGCUGGACAGCAUGGUGCACUACUUUAUGAAGGCCAAGGGCAGCGAGAACGAUACCUCUCUGAUGGGAUUACUGCAGCUUGGCGAGUUCUACGAAUCCAUUCGUUGGCCAGCCACUCUGGCUUUUCUCACUGUGCUUCUGCUGCUUUGCACGGUUCUGGUGAUUGGCGUAGCCAGGCGGUCCCGCUGCACCCUGAUCUUCUUCAGCGUUUCGGGUCUGUUCUGUAUAAUAAUCUGCUGGCUUUUGGCGGGCGUUUACCUGGCCUCCAGUGUAGCUGCCGGGGAUUUCUGUAUGCGACCACAUGACUACAUGUGCCGCCAGGUGGGCAUGCGGAGUCCCUAUGUUGACUUCCUGAACUGCGGUACGCCGCGCAAUCGGUUUAUUUUGCGCCUGAACGAAUCACGGGAUCUGGUGGAUCGGGCCAGGGAAAGUGUGGAACAAAUGCAGCGGAUGAGCCAAGACACUUAUCCGCACAUCGACAUUCAGCGCACCCUGAACGCCAUGGACAGUGAUUUGGAGACGACUCUUCGCAACCUUACGACGCUAUCAGCCACUCUGGACAGACGGGCCAUCGACAUGCACUACGAAGAGGCUCUCCGCGGACUUUGCGGUGGCGGGUUGCUGGGUCUCAGUCUGAUGAUGGUGGCCGGCCUGCUCACCUCCUUCCUACUGACUAUCCUGGUGUAUGCCGACUCGCACGCCUGGAUUUAUUUGUCCAAGCGGCCUACGCUGGACGCUGACAAAUCGGAGACGACGCCCCUGUUCCCCGCCUCGAAUGCGCCGAGCGCCAGCAUCUCGCCCACGGCACCACCAAACACGGGGACGAUCAACAGGACGCUGCUGCACCACCAGCAGCAGGCUUCGGCGGGCGGCGGAUCGGGCAACUUGCCGGGGUCUGGAGGCCUGGGCGGCGGAGGGGUUGGAGGAGGAGGCCUCGGCGGAGGCGGAGCCAAUGGACACAACGGCGUGGGGCAUUAUCGCAAUGGAACGGCCGGCCUGAGACAAGGGUUGGCAUCACCUUCAUCUCAAUCAAGCCACACCUCAUCCACCGCCACUUACAACAACCACAACAACGGCACCACCACCGGUUACAACAACAGCCACCAACAACAACAACACCACCACAACAACCUGUACAGCAACCACCACCACCACUACUACAGCAACAACAGCACACAGCAUAGAACUAACUCCGCGGCGGGGGCGGUGGUAGCGGCGGUGGGCGUGGCCAGCAGCAGCGGUCAGCGAUCGCCGUCGCCGCCGCCCGGCUACGAUUUGGUGCAUGGCACAAGGUCAGGCCACCACACGCUGGGUCGCCUACCAUCGCACCAUCAACAGUCGGCAACAUAUCUGCCAGGACCAAACAAUGGAAAGUACGCGACGCUUAGCAAGCAGUGUAAGACGCUCGAGUCGAACGACUUCUACUGAGAUUCGCUUGCCUGCAGUUCCCAUGCAGGCAGUAGCAGCAACACAGCACAGCAGCAGCACCAGCAGCAAAUGCUGGUUCAACAGCAGAGCAGCCUUAUCAAUCAGAACCAGGUUCAGAGUCAGAGCACGCUGAAGAACAUUUUUGCAUCGGCCACCUUGCCCCGCUCCACGGGCAGCUCCAUCCGCUCGGUGCUUUCUGUCCAGACUUCCAAUGCGGGCAUUUGCCGCUCCACGGGCAACGGAUUGGACGGUGGUGGCGACUUGGUCGACGAUCGCGAUCCCAGGGAUGUAACCAAUAACAGCUUCAAUCGCUUUGAUCCCAAAUACAUAAGCAUUGGUCCGAAGGCGGUAAGGGGUCAGAAUAAUAAUCUUAACAUUAUGUCCGCCGCCGGCACGGCCAAUAAGUGUGCCACGUUGCGGCAUGUGGGUCGCUACGGUGGCUCGCUUAAGGGUGUGUCUGCCGUCAAUGCCACGCCCUCUCCAGCCGCCGCCGCCCCAGCAGUCCAUUCGCCAAACUUGAGGAGCGCCAUAACGCCGUCGAUAGCCACCGUUUCGAAGGAUUACUGCCAGCAGCCGGACUGCAUUCCACAGGAGUUCCUCCUCCAGCAACAGCAGCUCCAGCAACAACAACAACAACAGCUCCAGCAGCAACACCAACUCCAGCAAACGCAGGUUCAACUCCAACAACAACCUCAAAUUGUGCCACCUGCUCCGCCGCAACCUGCGCCUCCGCCUCCGCCCAAACCAAAGAUAGUUAAUACAUUUACGGAAAUUCCCGGCACCACGGGCGUGGGCAGCUCGUAUGCCAAGGAGCAGCAGCACCAACAGCAGUUGUUGGCCCUUCAGCAGCAGAGAGAGCGUGAGCUACAGCAACAGCAGCUCCAGCAAAGGGAGUUGCAUCCACCCACCACCCACAUUCUACCCCCCUCGGCUGUUUACAGUAUCGAGAGCAGCGACGUGGUGUUGCCCACUGCCGCGCCGCGUGUGCAGCAGCGUUCGCUAAAUCCUGCCUCCAUUAUUAACCAGCCGCUGCCCGAUAUUCCCACCAAUCAGCAACAGGCGAAGAUCUCCGCUCAGCCGCUUUGCGCCGCCAGUUUGGGUCAGUACCGCUCGUUGCAGCGGCCCCAAACCCAGAAGUUGCAACCUGUGGUCAUCUCCUCGCCGCAGCAACCGCCGACCUUGCCGCCGAAGAACCGUCACAAAAAUAGCAAUCGAGGUGGGGCCGUCGAUGCCGUCAGCAAUGCUAAUCAUAAUCAUUUGCAAACCUUGCCGCCAAAGUCGGCUAGUCUGAGACAACAACAACAGCAGCAGCAGGAGCGAGAAAGAGACCGGGAACGCGAGCGGGAGCGUCCGCGGCGGGCGGAAACUUUGGACAAUGCCCGCAGUUAUAUAGAUCAACAGUAUCCCAGCCACCUGAUAACCACCAGCAACAUGAAAAAGCAACACUCAUAUGACAGUAGCUACCAUCAACAGCAGCAGCAGGCCUUCUACCAAAGGCAGCACAACAACAACUUUUCCUCGAAGCAGCAGCAACAGUUAAUGCUGGAGCAACAUCAGCAGCAGCAGCAAGCCUUGUUCUAUAGAUCUCUAAAGCGAGGGGAACGAGGAGGAGCUGGCAGCGCCACCGCAGGAGCCACCGGUGGAGGAGCUGCCAUUAGUAACCACAGCGAUCUGUAUUCGGUGACGGAGUUGUAGGAGUGCGCCUGCUGCGGCGGCGGUGUGGAUGUGGUGCGAAGAGGCGCUUCAUCCACAUCGCUGCACGCAGCGGCGGCUACACAAACUCAGAGCCACAACCAAAACCCGACGACGCAAUCGCAGAAUCAGGAGCCUGUCCCCCUGCCACCCAAGAAGCAUCGCCAACGUGAAAGGGAACGGGAGCGGAACCUAGAGCGGGAACAGCGGGAACAAGCCCCCUGCAAUGCCAAUCUGUGCGAGGAGCACGAGUACGAUGAGUACUAUCCGCAGGCCUACGAAAUACAAGCGGCUGGAGGAGGUGGAAGCGGAGGAGGAGUUACUACUAACUCUGGAUCCAAGCAUGGCAAGCAAAGUCAGCAAAGAGCAGCCACUUUUGAUGUGGCUGAUGCCAGGGACUAUGAACUGAAGCGAUUGGGCAACCGGAGAUCCCAGCAGCAGGCGGCUCCAAGUAAAAGAAAUGGAGGAGGAGGAGCAGCGCCUGUCAGCCAGGAACACCACCGCAGCCACGAUCGCGAGCGGUCGCGCAGCGAUCACCGCAUUGCCAGCUACGCCUGCGAGGAGGUGAACUCCUCAGCGCUCUGCAGUGCCGGCUCCAUGAGCUCCAUGCUGCAGCCCGCCAAUGGAACUGGUCACAGGAGCAGCAGCCACCAGCGGGAUCACCAUCAGCGGGAUCAGCGGGAGCGACGCGAGAAGACCUUCAAGGUAUGAUUUUUAGAGACGUCAUAAGAAUUGUCCAAUCCGCGCCAGGACAGCAGAAACGGCAGCUCCAGGCGGCGGACGCGUUGAGGGGUAAAUGGAAUAGCGAACGUGGCGGAUUCUACAGCGAGUACAAUGAGGACAACCUCCAGGAAUUGAGGAAGCUUCUAGAAAAAGAGAGCAAAAGGAGCGGCAUUAUCGUUGCAGCAUUGGAAUUCGGAGACCCCAGCCUGUUUUUAUGUUUAGCCUAAGUCGCGUUUACUCUAUCUCUAUCUGUGUCCAUGCCUAUCAGCGCCCUCUCUUUCACACGCACACCAGCAAUGAAACGAACACACACACACACAUAUAUGUAUACAUAUAUAUAUGAAUAUAUAUGUAUAUACAUAUAUUGUAAUAACUGACCUCUUCUGAUUGAUUCCAAACUGCGAAAGCAGUUUAAAAAGUGCUUAAAUGUCAAGGGUAGCGGUCGAUAUAAUAGUAUUUUUUAGUUUCGAGCCCUCUUUUUUUUAUUUAAAUUAAUAUAUUUUUGGUUACAGAUUACGCAAUAUUGAGAUAUUUGAUAUUAUUCAUGUGUCAUUCGUCCUGAGAAAUAUUUAAAAUCCCAUUUAAAUAAUUAUCAUUUAGGAUAAAGGUUAGCUUUUUAGGAUAUUUUUAAAUUUAUAUGUUGCUUUUAAAGUUCAUAGCACUAUUAAUUUGACCGCUGCUGUGCAUACAGCCGUAUACAUCAAAACUUACAACAGUUUUCUGCUCUGUGUUGUUGCCUAUUGUUAUAUAUAUAGUAGAUAACUACGAUUAACUUUAUCAUAUACAUUUUUGUGACGACUACUCAUACGUGUAUAUUUUAAAAGCCCAAGUUAAGUGAAAUUUAGUUUUAAGCGCAUAACUAUUUAUUUAUUGUAAGCCUUGAACCCAAAAAAUAUGACCUAGAAACUAGGAAAAGCGAAGGGCCAGUUGGUGAUAUUUUCGAUAUUCAAUAUUAUCGAGAAUUGAAUGCUGGGCUUCGCUUUUUCGUUGUUCAAGGACAUUUUUAUUUUCAGAAUGAGUGUGUGUGCUUUUGUUUAAUUAUUAAGAUAUUUGUGCAUUAGCGAUUUACGCCGCUUUUUGUUUUUUUUUGUUUGAGAAUCCGUUGCGAGAACCAGCAACAACAACCACAGCGACCCGUACGUAAAAUUUUUGUGACGUCAGAAAUCUAAAAAAAAAACAAAAUAAAGAAAAACUAGCAGCAACAACAAAGCACAAUACAAGAAAAAACUUAAAUGAAAAACAUUUCACAAAACAAAACAUAAUAUAAACUUAAAGUCUAACAUUUUAAACAAGCAAACGACAACAAGAAAAUGAAAAGUUCUUGGAUCAAGCAAUAUAAAAGAAAAAAGAUUAAAUCGAAAAGAAGCCAUACCAAGUUGUUCAACUAUUAAACAAAAAAGAAUUCAGCAAAGCAAAAUCAUAAACAAUGACAAAUAUAUACAUACAUAAACAUUCAUUAAUUACAGACAUACCUAUUAUAGAGCAAGCAUAAGGAAUAUUAAUUAAUGGACAACAACAACCACAAACAAUGUUCAGGUCAAUAACUGCAUUUAAUAGGAGAAAAUAAAAGAAGAUACCCAUUGUUAAAUUAAACGAAAUGCUCUAUUUAUAUACAAUUAAUAUACACAUGAAUAUACACAUGAAUAUAUAUAAAUAUACAUAUUUAACGAAUUGCAAUUACCCAAAACACAGAAAGCAGAACAACCAUUAAACACAAAGUAAAAUAACAACCAAAAAAGUUGUUAGCACAGCGGCAAACACACACAAAAAACACAUUUUAUAAAAUCGAACAUAAUUAUACUACACAUAAUGCAAGACACAUGCAUGCGAUCAGUUGUGGGCAAAGUAAUUUUAGUGCCAUCAGAAAUUUAAUAAAAUGUACAUUUUAUCAUUUA